UGGAGGUUCACCCGUUACCCAUUCAACAACGGGUAGCGGCCAUGUCUGCUCAAGUCUCCAAACCCUUCUCCUUCCUUCUCCCUCGCUGCAGCCGCCGCCGGCCUCUCCUCCUCUGCUUCUCCCUGCGCUUCACGGCCACCGUCGGCGAUCGCCACCACUGUCAUACUCUCCCUUCCGACGUCCAUCUCCUCCCCCGUCAACAAGGUGAGCAACAGAUUUCGCAAUCUCUCCCUAAUCCUUACGACCUCGUGAAGGAAGACCCGAUCCAGGUGUGCUCCGACCUAUGGGUUCGCUGCUUCGCCCGCUCACCCGAUGCCCCGCCUCUUCCCAAUCUCACUGGCUUCCUUAAGAAGUUCGACCUCUGGAUCCUCGCCUACCAGCGGGCCUGCGCCCACCACACUGGCUCCUUCCCCGCCCGCAUCGCCAUCCACCUGCCCCACCUCCGCUCCCUCCUCUCCCUUCAGAUGUCCGUCCUCGCUUCCCCUCGCCGCACCCACCUCUGGGGCGCCGUUACUCAUCUCCUCCUCCGCUCCCCCGCCGAUCCACCCUCCACCCGCCCCAUCUCCCGCCGCAAGUUCCACGCCGCCCUCCAAAAUGCCCCACCCCCUUUUCAGGACCGUGUCGUCCAGGAACUCCUCCUGCUCCUCCUCGAGCCUGUCUUCGAGCCCCGCUUCUCUUCCAAGUCCCACGCAUUCCGCCCUGGACGCAGUCCCCACACCGUCCUCCGCACCCUCCGCUCCCAGUUUGCUGGCUAUCUCUGGUUCCUCAAGGCUAACCUCUCCCACAUCGUCAACGCAUUUGACUCAGACAUUAUCCUGCCCUGCAUCCAGCGGGGCACCUCUGAUAGGAAAGUACUCAGCUUGAUCAAAUCCGCGCUGAGAAUGCCUGUCAGACCUGGGGCAUCUCAGUCAGGUGAAGAGAAGGUGGAUCAGCUUGCCAAAAAGAGGAUGAAGAGGAAGAUGCUAAGAGCGAGCCGGAAGAAAAAGGUUCUGAAUGACAAUGAGCCAAAACCAGACCCUUAUUGGUUGCGGACAUUCUUUGGCUUUGUGCCAGGAGAAGCUGCUUCUGUCCCUAACUACGGUCACUGUGGGAUAUUGAGUCCUCUGCUUGCCAAUAUCUGCCUCAACGAAUUGGAUUGGUGGAUGGAAGAGAGGAUAGAUAAAUAUUUCCGCCCAUCCAAGCUUGAUUCCAUUUGGAAGGAGUCGAUUGAUGACGGUUGUCACAACCCUGCAUGGCCUGAAUUUGUUCCAUCCAGUGGGAAUGAAAAAACCAGGAAGAUGGAUUACAUUCGUUAUGGGUCUCAUAUAUUGAUUGGAAUUCGUGGUCCGAGAGAGGAUGCAGCAGCAUUGAAGAAGGAUCUGAUUGAAUUCUGUGAGAGCAAGUAUGGUUUGAGGUUAGAGAAUUCUAUGAUUGAAAUUGAACACAUCACUAGGGGAAUCGAGUUCUUAGAUCAUAUCAUUUGCCGGAGAGUGAUACAUCCCACAUUGCGUUACACAGCUACAGGGGGGAACAUUGUAAGCCAAAAAGGUGUUGGCACUCUGCUUUCAAUCACUGCAAGCUUGCAGCAGUGUAUCAGAAAGUUCAGGCAGCUUGAGCUCGUGAAAGGGGAUAAGGACCCAGAGCCAUUGCCCUGCACGCCAAUGCUUUAUUCGGGCCAAGCACACACCAACUCUCAGAUGAACAACUUCCUUGAGACAAUGGCAGAUUGGUACAAAUAUGCAGAUAACCGCAAGAAAGUAGUUGGGUUUUGUGCAUAUGUCAUUAGGAGUUCCUUGGCUAAACUCUAUGCUGCAAGAUAUAGACUGAAGUCUCGUGCCAAGGUUUACAGGAUUGCUUCACGUGAUCUAAGUCAUCCAUUAAGAGAGAACACAAGGAAUGAUGCACCUGAGUACUCCGAUCUUUUGCGGAUGGGCCUUGUUGAUGCCAUUGAGGGUGUCCAGUUCUCUCAUAUGUCACUUAUUCCAUCAUGCGAUUACACUCCAUUCCCAAGGACUUGGGUUCCUGAACAUGAGCUGGUACUGCGUGAAUAUAUUAAGCUGCAAGAUCCGAAGUUUUUUUGUGAAUUACACAAGUCAGUAAAACACCAGGAACUAACCUCACCACAGGAUUAUAUUUCGAAGGUUGUUUGGGAUUACAAGAUUUGUGGGGUUUGGAGCAAAUCCCAGAAAAGGGUGAAAGAAGCUAGAAAGUUGGAGGAGGGUGCUGAUACUUAAGCUGCUAAAGUUCUACAUCAUAGUGUUACGUCUAGCUCACCUUUCAGAUUAAAAAAACUGCAAUGAUUCACUUCGCAAAGAUGGUGAAACCUGAGGUUAGAUUAGCAACUAAGUAAACUGACAUUGGCAAUGAUGGAUUAAUCCUGGGAAAAGUAAAGGUUUACCUAAAAUUCAAGCACCAUUGUUUGAGCAGUUUCAUCACAGGGUAAACUACUCUAAUGGUUUGAGAUUACCAUUAGUCAAGGAGAUGGUAUAAGUUUUGGCAACUUAUUUGUGCUGAGUAUCCGGAAUGGGUCUUUCUCGAGUACAAUUCUGGAACCCAUUGAUGAUUCUCGCAGCAUUGAUGAAGUUUGAUCCUUUAAAAUAUGGUAUGAAAAUGAAACUUAAAGCAAGUAAUUUGGAUGGUUCAUAUUGAUGGAAGAUAGUGUAAGUUGAGAUUGUUUAACUUUGGUAACUGAAUUUUUAUAAUUGAGUAAUUAUGCAUGCAUGUCUGCUAAAUCAAGUAGAUACUGGACAAUGAAGCGUGAAUUUUAAUUCUUUUUCUAUUUAUAUUUUCCAUAUCUACUAAUUAGCAGGAUUGCGUUCGUAGUAAAAUAUUGAUUUUUGUGAUACUGUUAUCUGAAAUCUUUAUGGACAUGUUGUAAAAUGAACCAUUGAUAUUAAUUUAUUGACAUGAUAAGAUUUAUCUUGAUUAGAGUUUGACUAUGAGUUAUUGUGUAGCUGGUUUCAAAUAGUUGGCAUAAAUAUGACUAAUGCCAAGUAGUGAUGAACUGACAUGAGAACUUAGCUGAUGGUAUGUAGCAUCUUGAUUAUCUUUUGUGAGUGAAUGGAGAUAGUGAAUGAUAAGAAGGUUAUGUUUGAAUUUAUUUUUGGUGAAAAAAAAGUCAAUUGUGACUGUUCUCCCAUGUCCAUUUUGUCAAACAAUUACAAGGUCAUUGCUUUCUUCCCCCUUAUAUGAUCAAUUUUAACUUUGAACCAUUAAAAUUGUCUGUUCUGCACUAUGUUAUAUCUUAUACAUGCAUAUCACCUUAAUAGAAGCAAAAGGUAAAUCUUCCUUGUUAAUUCCUCUCCACUUGUGUUUCGCAUUUGAGACCAUGACAAAACAACUCCAAACGUGCUGAGUUGAUGUUAGCCAGACUAUUCAGAGGAACAAAUGAACAAGAACAGAAACACUAAAGAAGCCUACACUACACUCAAACAAGGUCGUCAAGCUUAAUACAUUGUUGUGUCCUCAUGAUUGACAUGGUUGGUACAUAUGGACUAAUACGAGAGGUAAUAGGAAUAGAUAUCAUAAUUUUUAAUGAUAAUGCCAUAUUAGUCACUGAUUAGAUUUGUCCUGGUGACAAGUGGCUGGAUGUUUCAAUUUCUGGUUUUGUUUUGUCUCUGGAUUGAAACUCCUUCAGUCAAGUCUGCCUGUGCAAACCAACUAUGAACUUUCUUGUUAAUGCAUUUAAAAUCCUCAUUUUAACACAAAUAUCAGAGACAAAUAUAAAUACAAUGUAGAAACAAGAUCCAAUCAAUCGGUCUAGUGGUAAGGAGAAGAUCUAUUCAUGCUCAAACUUUCUUGUUAUUUCCUUUGAUAUAGAUCUUCUUUCACUCAAGAAAAUAAACAUGAACACCAACAAAAAGGUUUAUACAGAAACUCUAAAUUGGGGGAAAACACAGGGAUAAAUGAGAAGAUCCUACUAUAGGAAGGAUAACAAUAAAAUUGGUACAACAAUCACACUUAUAGAAGAUGAUCAUUCCUUAUUCUACAACAAAAUUGCUCCCUCCACAAGUGUUUCAUCAAUUCUUUCUCUUGUGAAGGGUUCACCUUGUCAUGUGUGACACAUAAAUCAGUGAGGUUGCAAAAUCAGAGUAUAAAUGAUUUAUGUGAAUCCUAAUAAGCCAUAGGGCUUGAGAUAUAAUGAUCUAAUGUAUUUAUAAGCAGCAUAAAUCAGUGAGGUUGCAAAAGCAGAGUAUAAAUGAUUUAUGUGAAUCCUAAUAAGCCAUAAGGAUUGAAAUAUCAGGACCUAAUAUGCUUGUUGAGACCAAAUCUGCUACCUUUGCUGCUUUCACCUUGAUUGUUACCCUACCAAUCUAACUUGUUGAGAGCCUAGGGUCACAUUUUAUAUAUAUAUAUAUAUAAUAGGUAGAUGCCCCUCCCUCCUAGUUUGCCUAUUUUGUAAAUCCAGAAGACCGGAACACAACUUAUGCACAUUCAGAAGCCUAGGGUCACAUAGUCUAUUAGAUGCUAAGGAUACCAAAAACAGUUAUUAUCUUAAAGCAAAUAGGAAAUGAACAGCAUAGGCUAUCAAAGAGUCAUUACCUUUUACAAUAAUUAACAAUAUCACUUCAGCCAAAAUCUGAAGAAUUCCUAAAGUAUCAAGUUGAGAUCAAUGUCCCCAUCUGGUGAUUCCCUUAUCUCAGUUUCUGUUUUUUUCUCAUUUCUAACUGAACCAGGGAGCAAGAAAUCAUAGAAUGACAAUUCAUUAGAUGAAGAAGCGUUAACUGUCUCCUUCUGCAGCAUAUAAACUGUUUGUUUAGUCUAACUCCACUUCAUAACUAAAAAAAGACAAAGAUAAUAUGAUUUACUUUUCUUGCCUGAGAAUUCUGCAGACUGAAAUCAGAAUGAUCAUACUGAUAAUGCUGAGGGAUGUCAAAAGGUUUCAAUAAGCUCGGCGUUGAAACUGAAGCCAAGGUAAGAAAACUGCCAUCAUGUGCACCACCAUUGCCUUUGCUCCUCUCAAUGUAAACAUCUGAACUUGCCAAGCCCACAAAUGGAGUUGAAGAGUUUCCUCUGAGAUCAAUCACAGUAUUUCAGUUAGCAUUUUUGACUGAUGACAAAGGAAUCAUCAAGGGAAUGAGUACCUAACAGCUUGGAAUUCAAGUUUGAUCAAGUCGCUUCCAUUUGCAGGUGAGAAUUCACUGGAGAGAAAAGGGUGUUUAUGGGGGAAAUAAGCUUCUUGAUUCCUGGUAACAAUGACCUCGUUGAGAUGAAAAGCCGGCGGUGGUGGCCACUUGUUGUCAACUGUCAUCUCUACUGAAUUCUAAGCAAAACUAACAGUGAUUCAUUAUGAUUUUGCAUCAAACACUGGGAAUUGUUACACAGUUGUUCUUCUGCUCACCUUGUGUAGCUCUGAUCUCCAGCAAGAGAGCAAAUCAUAGCUGCUUGAGUUGUUUUGGCUUGAAGGGGGCUCCAUCCGGUGACAUGUCUGAGAAUCAACCAGCGGCGGUUGUUGCUUCCUCUGAGGAACAGGGACUGCUAUCUUCUUCAUCGGUGGGUCAUCUCCUUUUGCUUCGAUAGCUGUGUUCCAUAACAUCGGAAAAAACCCUGGCGGUUGUCGACGUUGAUGCUGCUGGUUGUUGAAAAAAUUGGAGGUUGCCUGGGGUUUCAUGACAGCUGUGGCAGGAGGGGGCGGUGGGAAUACCAAGCCUUGCGAAGAUAAAUCCGACGAGGAGGAGACGGCUACGCUGUAGAUCCUUUGCUGCUUCUCCAUGCACCGGAGCUUCUCCAACUGCGCAACACCGACUCCACGCUGCGGAUUCUUCUUCAGCUUGUUCUUCUUCGGUGGUUUGUGUUGCUGCUCCUCGAGUUCCAUGACAGCAAAUGCCGAGGGGGAAUGCAGAGGACGUGGAGGAGAAUGGCGAAGGGCGGUUUAUUAAUUAUUGCAGGAGGCGCGAGAUCGAAAUCGAGAGGAAAAAGGAAGCAGAUUUUGUGGGAUUCAAAGAGGUGUUGAUUGAAGCGCAGACUUCGCAGGUGGAUUUCAACAAUCCAUGGAAAUAAACUGACCGCAAUCUACAGUUUGUCGACAGAAUCCAAUCUGCUAAUUUAGGGAAAUCACCUUCUUUACUUCGAUAUGGCCCGUGAUCAUCUCUGGGGUUUUUUUUUCAUACAAAAAAUGUCGCGGAGAUAUUUAUUCUGAGGCGACAGCAAAUCCUAGGAAGAAAGCUUGUAAGAUACUUGCAUCCCAUGCAACGUAGAUUUACCCAAAAUGAGAGAAGAGAACAAAAUUUCAUCUUGCCCCUCAUCACACCUUAUCUACUUUUAAUUUUACCCUUUUAAAUUUCAUUCAGUUAUUAAUGUUAGCAGCGGAGGGGAUAUUUUAUCUUCAACUAUGGAGGUGGCAAGAUGAAAUUGUUUUGAUGAGAUGAAGGAAUGCAUGCCAGGCUUAAUGGGUUGUAAACCUAAAAAUUUUAGAUUGUUGCUCGUGAGUACUUUCUGAUUUAUUUUUAUUUUCACAGGACUA